UAUCCCCUCCAAUCAAAUCCCACUCAAUUCCGGCGGCGCCUUUCCUUCCCAUCACUGGAGUACGGCUGUCAAAUGUUCAGUUCUUCCCAUAAAAGUUACCGUGCGAUCGAAAUGCAAACCAACGCUGGAGUACGGCUGAAUCAUGCAAAGGCAUGAACGGCUGUCUAAUAUUCAAUUCUUCCCAUAAAAAUUGCCGUGUGAUCGAUGGCCGCCCAGCCCUGCCAUCCCUGCUUCCACCUCUCUAUAUCCGUCCCAAGUCCCAACCGCGUCGCGCGUCCAAAACAUUCUGCGUCCUGCUGGAGGCAGCACCAAGUAUCAGUCCAGCUCGUACCGUAGCCGGUAAACCCGCAGCAACCUGCGUGCCCGCGCGCGGCGCCCGCGUGAGCAUAAAGCCGGCCCUUUUCCCUGUUCUCUCUCAAGAAAUCCCCUGUUCUCCCAAGUAGACCACUUCAAGCUCAAGCACGUCUCGGCGAGCUCGAUCCAUGGCCGUCGCCGCCGCUCGCUCCGUGGCGAGCGUCACCGCCUCCUGCUCCCUCCUGCUCUUGCUCGGUGUCUUCGUCGUGCUCUCGUCCCCGGCUUACGGCUGUGACCGGUGCGUGCGCCGGUCCAAGGCCACCUACCACGCAUCCUCGCUCGCCAUGAACGCCGGUUCGUGCGGGUAUGGCUCCCUGGCCGCGUCCUUCAACGGCGGCUUCCUCGCCGCCGCGAGCCCCGAGCUGUACAGGGGCGGCGUCGGCUGCGGCGCUUGCUUCCAGGUGCGGUGCACGGACAGCGAGCUGUGCAGCGGGGCCGGCGCCAGGGUCGUGGUGACGGACCAGGCGCGCACAACGAACCGCACGGCCCUGGUGCUGAGCGGCGCGGCGUACGCCGCCAUGGCCCGCGCCGGCGCCGGCGCGCGGCUCAGGGAGCAGCGUGUCGUGGACGUCGAGUACAAGAGAGUGCCGUGCGUGUACACGAACCGCAACCUGUCGAUACGCGUCGAGGAGAGGAGCCGGGCUCCGAGCGACCUGUCGAUCAGGUUCCUGUACCAGGGCGGCCAGACUGACAUCGUCGCCGUCGACGUCGCCACGGUCGGGUCAUCGAACUGGUGGUUCAUGACGCGGGACCACGGGCCGUCGUGGAGCACGAGGCAGGCGCCGGCGGGGCCGCUGCAGUUCAGGCUGGUGGUGACCGGCGGCUACGACGGCAAGUGGGUGUGGGCGGAGUCGGAGGUGCUGCCGCGCCGGUGGGAGGCCGGCCGCGUCUACGACACCGGGGUGCAGAUCGCCGACGUCGCGCAGGAAGGGUACUGCCCCUGCGACACCCAGGAGUGGCAGUGACAACACACAAAACCAGAUCGCAAUUGUACAUCUUUUUUUUUUGCUUUUGAUUCUUCUUUUUUCUGUUUCCUUCUCCGCGUCUUCCGUUUUGGAUGGACGAGUGGACGGAUGAAAUGAUGAAUGGGAUCGGAGAGGUCGAACGUGCCGUUGCAACU